GCCGGCCGCCGCACGCCGUGCGCCGGAUCGCGUCGCCCUCGGGUUCUCUUGGGGUGCUGCUCAGGUGUCGGAGGAGCUGGGACUGCGGCAGGUGCCGUCGCUUCUUGGUGCAGCCAUGCAGGUCUCCAGCCUCAACGAGGUGAAGAUUUACAGUCUCAGUUGCGGCAAGUCCCUUCCCGAGUGGUUGUCUGAUAGGAAAAAGAGAGCACUGCAGAAGAAAGAUGUUGAUGUCCGUAGGAGAAUUGAACUUAUUCAGGAUUUUGAAAUGCCUACUGUGUGUACCACUAUUAAGGUGUCAAAAGAUGGACAAUAUAUUUUAGCAACUGGAACAUAUAAACCCCGGGUUCGGUGUUAUGACACCUAUCAGUUAUCCUUGAAGUUUGAAAGGUGUUUAGAUUCCGAAGUUGUCACCUUUGAAAUUUUAUCAGAUGACUAUUCAAAGAUUGUCUUCUUACAUAAUGAUAGAUAUAUUGAAUUUCAUUCACAAUCAGGUUUUUACUACAAAACCAGAAUACCAAAGUUCGGGAGAGAUUUCUCUUAUCACUAUCCAUCCUGUGAUUUGUACUUUGUUGGUGCAAGCUCUGAAGUUUACAGAUUAAAUUUAGAACAAGGACGAUAUCUGAAUCCUCUACAAACUAAUGCUGCGGAGAACAAUGUUUGUGACAUAAAUUCAGUGCAUGGCUUGUUUGCCACAGGAACAAUUGAGGGUCGAGUGGAGUGCUGGGACCCAAGAACUCGAAAUAGAGUUGGCCUGUUAGACUGUGCGUUAAAUAGUGUCACAGCAGAUUCAGAGAUAAACAGUUUACCAACCAUCUCUGCUUUGAAAUUUAAUGGUGCUUUGACCAUGGCAGUUGGAACAUCUACAGGGCAGGUUUUAUUAUAUGAUCUUCGUUCUGAUAAGCCACUGCUAGUUAAAGAUCACCAGUAUGGUCUACCCAUUAAGUCAGUUCAUUUCCAGGAGUCAUUAGAUCUGAUUUUGUCUGCAGACUCUCGAAUUAUCAAAAUGUGGAAUAAGAACUCAGGGAAAAUAUUUACUUCCUUGGAACCAGAACAUGACCUUAAUGAUGUUUGCCUGUAUCCCAACUCAGGAAUGCUUUUCACUGCCAAUGAAACCCCCAAGAUGGGCAUCUAUUACAUUCCGGUUUUGGGUCCUGCUCCGCGGUGGUGUUCCUUCUUAGACAACUUGACGGAAGAAUUAGAAGAGAACCCAGAAAGCACAGUUUAUGAUGAUUACAAAUUUGUCACCAAGAAAGAUCUUGAAAAUUUAGGACUUACACAUCUCAUUGGAUCACCUUUUCUUCGGGCAUAUAUGCAUGGAUUUUUCAUGGAUAUAAGACUAUAUCAUAAGGUGAAAUCGAUGGUAAAUCCGUUUGCUUAUGAAGAAUAUAGGAAAGAUAAAAUUCGACAGAAGAUAGAAGAAACACGUGCACAGAGAGUCCAAUUAAAGAAAUUGCCAAAAGUUAACAAAGAACUCGCUCUUAAAUUGAUAGAGGAAGAAGAAGAGAAACAAAAAUCUACAUGGAAAAAGAAAGUUAAGAACCUUCCUAGUAUUCUCACCGAUGACCGAUUUAAAGUUAUGUUUGAGAACCCUGACUUCCAAGUAGAUGAAGAAAGUGAAGAAUUUAGGCUUUUGAAUCCACUUGUUUCAAAAAUUAGUGAGAAAAGGAAGAAGAAACUAAGACUCUUAGAGGAACAAGAACUUCGUGAAAAAGAAGAGGAGGAAGAACCAGAAGGAAAACCCAGCGAUGCAGAGAGUUCCGACAGUUCAGAUGAUGAGAAAGACUGGGUGGAAGAAGUCAGGAGGCAGCGCAGACUCCUGCGGCAGGAGGGAAAGGGGACAUGGCAGCACCAGGUCCAGGAGGACCAGCAGACAGUCCUGCAGCCCCAGUUCUAUGAGAUCAAAGCAGGGGAAGAGUUCAGAAGCUUCAAGGACUCAGCCACAAAGCAGAAGCUGAUGAACAAAACCCUUGAAGAUCGUUUGAAACUUGAAGCCAAAAAUGGGACAUUGAAUGUAUCAGACACCACUGUUGGCAGCAAACAGUUGACAUUCACAUUAAAGAGGUCAGAACAGCAGAAGAAGCAGCAGGAGGCUGAGAAGCUGCAUCGAUUAGAGAGGAAGAAACUCCGUCGUUCUGCCGGUCACUUGCGGUCCAAACCCAGAAGAGGUCGGUCGCGGCAUUGAGCGUGGAAAUGGCCUGCAUGUGAUUCGGAGGGUCUUCCUAACUGAUCCUCUUGAGGACAUGAAGUCAGAUGAGGGAGUGCAAGUGCUCAAGCCUCACAUCAGGGCUGGUGUGUACUGGUCAAAGUUUGAUGCCAGGUCUGCCAUUCCGCCACUCAGUAGCCCCCAGGGUGCUUUUUCUAAGUUGUCACUCCUUAUAAUAUUGUUCUUUUCACGCUUAAUCAAGUAAACCAGGUGGUUAUUUUUAAUGUUUUUAAAGGUGUGUCAUGAAAUGAACAGUUUUCCUGUGCAGUAAAAAAGAUUUAUCAUGUUCUAGGGGUUUUUUCCUCAUCCUGUCUACUGCCAUUCUCCAGUUAGCCACCUAGAAAGACUGUUCCCAUGUUACCUGGUGCCUGUGUAUUGACCUUGUUUGAGUUGAUAAGUUGGUAUUGACAGGUCAUUUUCUGGCUUAUAUAUUAGUUUGGGAUAUUUUAAAACUAUUUUUAUAGCAACAGCAUAAAUUAAUUUUAAUAAUAAUAAAAAAGAAAUGGAAGCUACUGGUUAUUCUUUUAACUUGAUACAAGAUUGAGUAGGUUCCCCGCCUCACCCCGAGCCCCCAUACAAUUAGAGAUAAGCUUGCUGGAGGAAACAUGUCAAAAAAUAAGCAUAUCUGAAAUCCCAGCAGCUCAGGAGGCUGAGGCAAGAGGAUUGCAAGUUUGAAGCCAGCCUGGGAGACUUAGUAAGACCCUGUCUCAAAAUAAAAAAGAAAAAGGAGACUAUGGCAUAGCUCAACAGUAGAGUGCUUACCCAGCGUGCUUGAGGCCCUGGGUUUCAUCCCCAGCAACCCAAAAACAAAAAAGUAAAUAAAAAGGGCUAAGGACGUCUCUUGGUAGUAGAGAAUCCCUGGGGUCAAUCCUCAAAACCAGAAUAAAAUAAAUAAAAUAUUUUCAUUCAGAUAGCUUCUUUUAGAAAAAGACCCAUUCCUUAAAUUAAUUUGAAACUAACUUUGGUUCUGUAGUUCUUCACAUGUUGUGGUCUUAAAAGAUGUUUUUAUGGAGGUUUUGUUUUUGUUCUUAUGUACAAGCAAAAUUGUGUGAGUCUUUGGACUAUCGUGGAUAGAGUUCUCCUUGAAAUGGCGUGGGCCACGAGGGCAGGGUUCGUGCCUGUCCCCAUGCUCUGGGACGCAUGGCUUCAGGAGCCCCUCGGGCAGGCUGUAGGACUCAGUCGGCCCUCUCCCCGUCUUUCCUCCCCGUCAUCUCUGCUGCUGCAUGCAGGCUCCCCAGGCAGAGGACAUGUGGGUCAUAUGUCCACUUCUAUGGCCUGUGAAGUGCUGUCAGGCACAGUGGGGAUGUGGACAGGCGCAGUCACCAGACCACCCGCCCAAGCUGCAGUUCUGGAGUCCUCUGGCUAUUUCAGUCCCUGCGGCCACUGCUUUCCUGUCCUUCAUCUUCCCCUGAAGCUCCUAUCCACGCUCCACCCGAGGUCAGGACCUCGGCCUCCAGUUCUCCUCAGUUUCCCACACGGCUUCCUCCAGGGGUGGGAGCUUAGAAGACCUUGGAGAGGGAGUCGCAGGGUGGGACGGUGCUGCAGGUUCAGUUCCCGAGCCCAGGCUCCUCCCAGGCCCUCUUCCCUCCUUCCUUGGGGACCUCCUUGUUCUCUAGUGACAGGUCCAGGAGCUGUGCUGCACUUAGCAGAGGGCAUGCGUCCACUCCAUUCAAGAGGCUCCUGUGAAUCAGAGACAGACCUGCAGCAGAGUUCAGGGACUGAUUCUGGACCUGGAGGCUGGUGGCAUGGGCAAGGCUGGGAUUUGGCCCCACUGACCAGGGUUGAACCAGCUUUGUCAAGGAUGCUCUUUCAGGCACCUCUGCACCUGUGAAGGCCCCUGACCCCAGAGGAGAUGAGGCUAGAGGCCUUCCGGCCGCAGAGGGAGCACCCUGUACAGCCCACGGUACUCCAGCCCCAGAAGCUCCUCCCACACCCUCCACCUACCUCAGGCCACACAUGCACCUCUAAGCCCAACUGUCUUUUUUUUUUUUUUUUAAUAUUUUUUAGUUGUAAUUGGACUCAGUAUUUUAUUUAUUUGUUUUUAUAUGGUGCUGAGGAUCGAACCCAGGGCUUCGCACGUGCUGGGCAAGCGCUCUGCCCCUGAGCCACAACCCAGCCCCCAACGGUCUUUAAAACCUGGGUUUUCAAGAGCAGAAGUUCCUCUCUGCUUUGGUUCUGGGGAAUCCCUGGAGGGCAGCUGGAGGGACUGAGCCGAGUCUGUGGUGGACAAUCGAGAACUUGCUGACCAGCAGUCCCAUAAAUACGCCUUCCAGGCCCCAUUGCUCCCGCUUAUUGCCCUGAUUUUUCUACCUAUUGAUCCCUUAAAACAGACCUCCUCCUCAGGAUGAUCCCUGCAGUGGCUGGCAAUCCACAGGCCUUUGACAUUUCCUGUUCUAAAAUUGUUAGGCACAUUUUGUACCCUGCUCCAUCAUUUUUCUAUGCCUGUGAUACAUUAGUUGCCAGCCUCAGAAAAUGGCCUUGUUUCUCCUGGGUCUGUGUCAGCAAGGUGUCCCCAGGGGUGUUCAUGAAGUAGCAGGAGAAGCUCGGCCGUAAACCUGGGUCACAGGGGCUGGUUCCUGUGUUAGCACCACGCUGGGGUUCUAAGUGGCACUCUUGUUUCUGCCUCAGAGCCAUGGCUGACUCUGAUGCCACACACCUGGAACCUGAGUCUCUUUAUUUACCCCAGUUGUUGACUUUGGGAGAGGGGAAGGUGGUGGAAAGGGCGUGGCGGGACAUGAGGACUCAGGUUAGUUCUGAUCUCCCUGCAGUUGGCGGUCUCAGACCCUCGAGGUCUGCUCUGGACUCGCAGGCCUUUCUCUACAACGUGCACCUUGUACUUAAAUUAGAAAGUGUCAUUGAAAAUGAAUUAUUUUUAUCAAAGUGACAUGUACCCAUCAUAAAUUCAUCCCCCUCCCCAGAGGUAACUUGUAACAUGGUAAUAAGAUGCAUUCUGUAGACAACAGGACACACAUCUGUUUUGAUAAUGUAUAUGGUGUCACCUUACGAGUGCUGUUCUGCAGCUUGAUUUUGUAACUAAUGUACAUUUUCCCAAGUUGGAACCUAUAUUGGGAAACCUGCCUCAGUCUUCUCUAUGAGCUUCAGGGUGUUUCACUAUAUGACUGAACUGUAAUUUAACUCUGCCUGCUUAUGAUUCACCCUAAAAAAUGUAAAGAAAAGACCUUUUAAAAAUCCCUUGUAUAAUGAAUAAAACUUAUUUUUUUUUAAAUGAA